ACUGGAGUUGGUGCUUCAUCAUUCGUCAAGAUCGGUGUAGAUGAGUGGUUACGUGUUCCUUCAGUGCCAGAUGUAUUCGCUGUUGGUGAUUGCUGUGGAUUCCUUGAAAGCACUCGCAAGGAAGUUCUCCCAGCCUUAGCUCAGGUUGCCGAGCGACAAGGCUUGUACCUUGCUCGCCUGCUCAACAGUGUGAUGAAAGCUGGAGGAGGGCAUGCAAACUCCCAGGUUAAAGUUGAUCUAGGUCCAAAGUUUGUGUAUAAGCAUCUAGGGAGUAUGGCAACCGUUGGAAGGUACAAAGCUCUGGUGGAUCUGAGGCAAAGCAAGGGCUCGAAGGGCAUAUCCAUCGCAGGAUUUGCAAGCUGGUUCAUCUGGCGCUCGGCAUACGUGACUCGUGUUGUCAGCUGGAGAAAUAGGCUCUAUGUGGCUCUAUGUGUUGAUGCUCCAAGUCUGUUUGGAUGAAGUGUUGUUCAAUGACAGGGAGGCCAAAAACUUGCAGUUGAAGCAUGAUCUUUUAUCCUCCACUUUUAGAUAUUGUCUGGAUAAAACUUACUUCAGCACUUGUUUCUGUGAGGCACUAAUGCGGAUAAAAACU